CUCCUUCUAAUUACUACACUACUAACACUACUACUACUCGUACUACUCCACACUCACAACUCACACACAAUCCCGCUCUUUAUUAAUUUCAUUUCAAAUCCCUAAUUCCUAAUUCCUAAAACUUCAAAAUUCUUCCCAUUUGGGUCUUCAAUGGCCCCCUCCUUUUCGAUCAAAUUGGGCGAUCUUAUAGAGGUUUACAAACCCUGCCAUGCAUCCAACGGUCCCUACUUUCCGGCCACCGUUAUCCGUUCUCCGGUCAACAUCAACAUUGAUAAUGUCAUCCUCUACGUUGAGUACGGAACCCAUACACCCAACGCCCAGGAAAUUCACCCCACGCCUCCCUCUAGGGAAGUGGUCAGUUCGGUCAACGUUAGGCCGGUGCCGCCAUUGUUUUCGUUCGAGCAGGUUGUUUUCAAGGUCGGCGAUGAUGUCGAUUUUUUCUUUCGGAAUAGGUGGUCUCGUGGUGUGGUUGAGAGUAUCUUUGAAGAGAAAGCGAGGUAUAUUGUUACUUUUCACGAUUCAGCUCGGAAAAUUGUGUGUCCACUCUACAAUCUGAGGGUUCACAGGGAAUGGAAUAAUGGGGCUUGGAACCCACCUCUUCCUCCAUCUCAGAGGAGCUCCGAGGUCAGGGAGAGAUGUAUAAAAUCCAAGACCCCAAUUCACAAGUUUCCAUUGAAGGUCAAGGAGAAAAGUAUGAAAGUCAAGGGUACCCCAAUUUACAAGAACUCAUUGGAGAGGUCCAAACUACAGAUUGUGAAGGAGGAAAUAUUUAAAAAUGGGGCUGUUGUGGAAGUCAGCAGCGAUGAGAAAGGCUACGAGGGUUCAUGGUUCAAGGCUAAAAUAAUUGAGUCUUUAGCUGAUGACAACUUUUGGGUCGAAUACAAAGACCUCGUAACCGAAGAUGAAGUUCCCCAACCAUUGAGAGAAAAAGCAGAGCGAAGACAUAUUAGGCCUGAGCCUCCAUUGGCUCCACCAGAAUACCAAUUUAAGUUUUCAGAGAAAGUGGAUGCAUGGUACAAUGAUGGCUGGUGGGAGGGUGAAAUUUCAAAGGUUUUACCUUUCUCGAGUUAUAAUGUAUACUUCAAACACACAAGGGAAGAGAUUACAUUCUCAUAUUCUCAUUUGCGGCCUCAUCGAGACUGGAUUAAAGGAAAGUGGUGUAUUCCUCCUGCUUCUCAUACCAUUCAUACUCAGAAACAGGUAUAUAGUUCAGCAACACUAAUGCAGAGGAGUCUGAACCCAACUUUUUUCUCUUUGGCACCGAUGAGUGUAGGCCAGAGAUUGUAAAUUGAGAAGAAGAGAGACACAUCACAAAUAUGUUGUGGUAUAUUGAAGAUAAUAUUGUUUGGUGGUGACUGAGAAGGCUUUAGAGUUGAACUCCAUUUUGAUCAUAUGUAACUAAUUCUAAUUCUAUGAGCAUAUAUAUAUGUAUAUUAUAUAUGUAUAUUAUAUAGUAACUUUAGAUCGAUCCAGUUGUACUGUAGAGAGUACAGAACAGAGCUCAACACUUAAUUUUGUUUUGUAUAUAAAAGUGUUGUUUGUUCUA